CACGAUGUUGUUUCUGAUUUAAAGAUGGCGAAAAAGCAGCAUGGGAAAGUAGGCGUCCAAAUGGGUAAGCAAAAAAGUAAGAAAAUAACAGAAAAUUUACAUUUAGGAGUCGCAUCCAGCGAAGAGGACGACGAUGAGGCCCCAGAAGAGGUGACAUUCGAGGAUUCUAAAGCGGUGGCCUUACGGAGUAUGCGAGAGGCCAUUGAUACCGCAAGAAGAGAAAAAGAAUUAUUGAAGGAAAAACGAAGAAAGAGGCAGGAACUGUUCCAGGAGCAAAAGAAAAGAAAGCUUCUCCCCGAUGAUAUCCUGGAAGAAAUAGACUCUACUAUUCCAAAAAAGCCAAAGGCAUCCAAAGUUCAAGCUGAAAAAGCAGGGGAUGGAGAGGAGGCAAGCUCCUCUGGAGUUGAGGAGAGUGGUGGAUCAGACACAGAUGGGGUAGAAGAAAAGGGGGAGGCAAAGAAGAAGAAGAAGAAGCGGAAGAGACGAAGCUUGAAGGGGAACAGUAGCGUUAUGAGAUUGAAAGACCAAUCCCUGUCCAGCAAGCAGCAGCAGAGCGCCCUCGAUUUCAUCCAGUCCCGCCUGUAUGGUCCGGGGGCCAACAGAACCACAGUCAAUCAGCUUCUUUCACUGCAAAACAAGAGGGCCUUAAACAAAACCGCCGCCGUACAAUUUGUGGACAAGCAGUGGGGUGCAGAGAAGAAGGAGGAGGCAGAGAAGUUCAAGAAGAGGUGGAAGAACAAGCAGGGGGUGGGGCUGAGCUGAGGGUGGGGCGGAGCCACUGUGGAGAGCUCCACCCAAGUGUCCUCCCUCACUCAGACUGGAAUGUGGGGCUACGGACUCAUGUUGACCCAAUACUGCCCUCUGUAGGAAUGACCAAUCUUCUGGUCAAACCGCAGCUAUGUUGCAAAAUUGAAAGUAACAUGAUGUUGUCAAAACUAUUGGAGAGGAACAUUUUCUGUUCCUUGUUUAUUUUUUGUAAAGUAUAAAUAAAGUUUUCCUCAAACCAUGUUUUGUACUAUAACAGGGUUAUAUUGCACACACUUCUGGAAGCGACAACGAUCGUUUCCCAUAUGGAUAUCUCUUACUUGAUGAUGCAGAAUAAAAGUUUUGUGUGUGCAAAUUA